AUGGUCCGCAGAGGCUGCGCUCUUCUUUUAGCAACUCUCACACGACUUAUGUUGCUUAUUCAUUUCUUUUACAGCAUUAUCAGAAUUCUUCCAUCUACGGAAUUGAGAUCAAAGACCGACCUGUUGUCGGCCGAAGGACGGACGCUUAUACCCGCGGAUGUCAAAGCGAAGCCCGCGGGGCGCAAGUCGAGGUUACCGGAAUUCGCCAAACGGCAAAGGACCCUUGCAUUGCCUGAAAGGAAAGAUUCGCUUUUCUGUUUGUUGCCACUUUUCUUACAUAGUCUGGGCCGGGAGCAGCUUAUUUCUUCCGCGGAUGAUCCUGGAUUUCCUUGCGCGGGCUCAGCCAUGGGGAGCCUUACCUAG